UAAAAUAAAACAGGGUCUGUUACCUAGCUUGGAAGAUUUGCUGUUUUAUACAAUUGCAGAAGGACAAGAAAAAAUACCUGUUCAUAAAUUUAUUACAGCACUCAAAUCUACAGGAUUGCGAACGUCUGACCCCAGGUUGAAAGAGUGUAUGGAUAUGUUAAGAUUAACUCUUCAAUCAACGUCAGAUGGUGUCAUGCUAGACAAAGAUCUUUUUAAAAAAUGUGUUCAAAGCAACAUUGUCUUGCUGACACAAGCCUUUAGGAGAAAGUUUGUCAUUCCUGACUUCAUGUCCUUUACCUCACACAUCGAUGAGUUGUAUGAAAGUGCUAAGAAGCAGUCUGGAGGAAAGGUUGCAGAUUAUAUCCCUCAACUGGCCAAGUUCAGUCCUGACUUAUGGGGUGUGUCUGUCUGUACAGUAGAUGGACAGAGGCAUUCUAUUGGAGAUACCAAAGUUCCCUUUUGUCUUCAGUCCUGUGUGAAACCUUUGAAAUACGCAAUUGCUGUCAAUGACCUUGGAACUGAAUACGUGCAUCGUUAUGUGGGGAAAGAGCCAAGUGGAUUAAGAUUCAACAAAUUGUUUUUAAAUGAAGAUGAUAAACCACACAACCCUAUGGUAAAUGCUGGGGCCAUUGUUAUAACUUCGUUAAUAAAGCAAGGAGUAAACAAUGCUGAGAAAUUUGACUAUGUGAUGCAGUUUUUGAAUAAGAUGGCUGGUAAUGAAUAUGUUGGAUUCAGUAAUGCCACGUUUCAGUCUGAAAGAGAAAGUGGAGAUCGAAAUUUUGCAAUAGGAUACUACUUGAAAGAAAAGAAGUGUUUUCCAGAAGGUACAGACAUGGUGGGCAUCCUGGACUUCUAUUUCCAGCUCUGCUCCAUUGAAGUGACUUGUGAGUCAGCCAGCGUGAUGGCGGCAACCCUGGCGAAUGGUGGCUUUUGCCCGAUCUCUGGUGAGAGAGUCCUGAGUCCUGAAGCUGUUCGAAACACACUGAGUUUGAUGCAUUCCUGUGGCAUGUAUGAUUUCUCAGGGCAGUUCGCUUUUCAUGUUGGUCUUCCUGCAAAAUCUGGAGUUGCUGGAGGCAUUCUUUUAGUUGUCCCCAAUGUCAUGGGCAUGAUGUGCUGGUCUCCUCCUCUGGACAAGAUGGGCAACAGUGUUAAAGGAAUUCACUUCUGUCAUGAUCUUGUUUCUUUGUGUAAUUUCCAUAACUAUGAUAAUUUGAGACACUUUGCAAAAAAGCUUGAUCCUCGAAGAGAAGGUGGUGAUCAAAGGGUAAAGUCAGUGAUAAACCUUUUGUUUGCUGCAUAUACUGGAGACGUGUCUGCCCUUCGAAGAUUUGCGUUGUCAGCCAUGGACAUGGAGCAGCGGGACUACGACUCUAGAACAGCACUCCACGUAGCUGCCGCAGAGGGUCACGUUGAAGUUGUUAAAUUUUUGCUGGAAGCUUGCAAAGUAAAUCCUUUCCCCAAAGACAGGUGGAAUAACACUCCCAUGGAUGAAGCACUGCACUUUGGACACCACGACGUAUUUAAAAUCCUUCAGGAAUACCAAACCCAGUACACACCUCAAGGAGACUCCAACAAUGGGAAGGAAAACCAAACCGUCCACAAGAAUCUCGAUGGAUUGUUAUAAUGGCCUUCAAUCCUGAGGUUGAAGUCACUUACCUAUUUAAUUGUGGAAAAUGGUUCUGAAGAACGUGUGUAUUUCUAUCUGGUAGUGAUGUAUAUUUUACAACAUUUGUUCAUUUCAGUGUUACUGGAGUUUUCUUCAUUGUGCGCACAGGACAAAUCUGAUCUCUUUGGGGAAAAAAUAGAAAUAAAACGAUCUCCCUCCAUAAUGUGAGCAAUAUUUACCUCGUGCACUGUACAAUUUGAUGUAAAAGAAAUAGUUACCACUGCUAGCUUAACUGUGUGGUCUUCAUGAUUUGUGUGUGUUGUGAACUUUCAGUUUAUGGUGAUGACCUGCUGAUACAAAUUUAUAAAUUAAGCUCUGUGGUACAGUGUCCCAGGCGGUCAAGGCUGUCUGGAGAAGCAAACUGUGUGAUUCUGAAGACUUCAAAUAUAGAUUUAGUUUGAGUGUUUGAACAACAACAUGCACUUACAGUUGAGUGUUUAAAAUGUCUUCUAUCACCCCAAUUCAUGAUAUGACUCUUUAAAAACUGUCAUAGUUACAGCUGUUAGUAGGAUAGGUAAAUUCAGAUUAGACGUAUCAGGGAAUCUGUUUCAGAUAUGUUUGGUGACCAAAAUAUAUGUGUGAAUAUAGUUAUACUUUUGAGAAAACCUUCCUUUUUCUAUGUCCCCGUAGUCCAGCCUCUGUCCUCAGGCGUUAGCUAUCUGCCUCUUCCCUCUGGCCGGGACAGGGAGUGCUGGCCAACUAUGCAGUUUUCAUGUUUCCACGGUCAGAAAAUGCAAACUUCACCCUCUGUCUAUAGAAGACGAACCAGAGACAAAAUUAUUAAGCUAAGUGUAAACUGCUCCACUUGCUGUGUCUAAGACAGUGAAGGCAUGUGCUAGUACAGCUCUUAAAGACAUCAGAGACCAAUUCAGAAGUGCUCUAUCUCCCAAAGUCAUUCUGAUGAUACAGGAACUGCAAACGACAUUUGUUUUCGAACCUGUCAUUAAAAGUCUGCAGCAGGGUAUCUGUCCUCUUCAGGGGACCACAGUCACUCCAGUCUUCUGAUUCUCUAGUGUAUAACUGGGUGGGCUUUGUAGUUCAGUAAUGAGGCCAUUUCACUUUAAAUUGAGGCCCACCGUUUCUCUAAGGGAGGUAAUUCAUGAUUUAGAAAGUGGGCAAAAGGGGCCCUCGGAAUGGAAGUAACAAUUUUCUAGGAAUCGCACGUACAUUUUUUCCUCUUAUGCCUCAAAGAGAGGGGUAUGUUAGUGAGGUAUCUGAUGCUAAGCACACGUGUCCAGCGUACGCGCGCGCGCGCGCACACACACACACACACAAUGGACUUUUCUGAAGCUAUGUUUACCAAAAGGAAAAAAAUUCUCAACUACUCAAAGCUGGCUGUUACCACGGUAAGAAGGCCCCUUCCUUUGUGUGCCCUAUCAGCACACACGGCUGCUUCCAGGCUUCACCCCGCCUGCUGCGCAUGCUCACGCAGCAACCUCAGGUGCUUUGACGUCAGCUUUGUUCCCUAGACAGCACCUCCCUUGCUGAGACCGAGGCCAGCCGUUCCCUGGCGCAGCCUCUGUGUCGAGGACCCGAGGACCCGAGGACCCGAGGACCCGAGGACCCGAGGACCCGAGGACCCGAGGACCCGAGGACGGGCUGGCGGCCAGUCUUGUGCUGCUUCCUGCCCUCGGGUCUGAUGAGCCCGCAGAUGCGCGGCGUCACCACCCCGGCGUGUCAGGUGAGAUCAGCUUGCACACGCAGCAGCUUUGCGUGCCUGAAAUGGAACAUUAAGGUGGUUCCAUCACACGGCUCGAAGAGAACCCGUGAUUUUGAGGCUUUUCUCGAACAGUAAGAAGUUCAACGAUUUGGGAACAAAGAGUUUUCAUCUUUUUCAAAUCAAAGCUUUUGUAAAACCUUGGUGGUGUAGCUCAAUGCGCCCUUAUUUAUCCAUGUUACUUAUACUCUGUGCCCUCCGCUUACGUUUCUGCUAUUGGCUGGUAGUAAUGAGUAAUUUGAUUUAAAUGCUUUUGGAAUGUGCUAUUAAUUGCUGCCAUCAGUAAACUCCAAAGAGUUUUGUUUUGGCUCUAAGAUUUCCCGGGCUUUUUGUGUACCAUGAGAGCUUUAGGUGGUCCUGUUGGUUUAAAGCUUUGUAUACACCGCUGUUGCUGCUGGUCUUGGUUCUGACCCGCGCAUCUUGUCGAUAUGCUGUGUCGUCCCGUGCCCCCACCCCACCGCCCUUUAGCUGCAGAGCUGGAUUCGCUGUUCAUGCCGUUGUCUGUCCGGCAGGGACUGAAGGACCUGAUGUUGGAUUUAGAUUCUUCCUGGGGGUUACACAGCUAUGAAUGUAUUUGCUUCCAACAUCGCCCAAAGUGAACCUAAUCUUGAAACUAUAAAUUGUAAGUAUUCUGAAAUUGGGAAACAUUUAUUUUAAAUGAAAUCAGGUAGUGUUGCUUUUUACAGCAUAAUAAAUACAUGUAUCAAAAAAAAAAAAAA